ACUUCCCCGCCAGACUUGACCCGAUUUUGUUCCCCACGUUCAAACUCUCUCUCUCUCUCCCAUUCUCCAUUUUUUUUCCGGAGAUCCCACCCCCAAACCUACCAUAUUUGGUGGCUUUGUUGCCAACACUGAUCCUUAGACCCUUCUUGUUUCUGGGUCUCUAUCCUUAUCCCAAUUCAUUCCUCCAUUUCUCUAAUUUUUUUUUCUAGUUUUGUGGUGGUUUCUGCAUCAGGGUUUUGUUGGGUGUGCUGUUUUUUUUUUUUUUUUCCUUUAAUUUCCCCUUUCUUUCUCUUAUUAUAUUCCAAGGGAAAUUUGUGAUUCAACCAGCAUUCUAACAAAAAAAAAAAAAAGUUUAUAGAUUUUGAUAUUGUUGAGUUGAAAUAAAAAAAUCAAAAUAUUUGGAGUCUUCUUUUCUUUUGAAGGUUCAUGGGAUUUAAGUUCUUGGAGGGAAUUCUGCUUGCCCAUAUUUAUGCUCUCACUUGGGGAUUUUGAUAUUAAUUUCUUGAAUUUUGUGAUUGAGCUUUUGUCAGUCUUAUAUAUGAUUUUGUUUGCUCAAAUGAAUGCCUAGUUAUUGGAGUUCAUCUUAUAUAUACAGAUUUCCAUGUUUUCAUGCAUGAUCAUAACCUGUUUUUAUGGCCUCUUAAAUCGAUAAACAAGCCUUCUUGCAUUUACAUUUUUUUACAAGCAUAGCGUUUGUUUCUUGGAGGACACAUUUGAUUUCUUUCAUCUUUUCGUUUUCGGGUUCUGGUGGGAUUGUGGGAUUUCCGGGCAUUUAGCUUUCCUUUAGGAUUAGUCCGUGUUGAAAAAUGAGCUGCUUCCCGUGUUUUUCCUCGCAUGAAAAGAAAUCAGCUAAGAGGAGCACCAACACCAGGAACGGGGACUUGCCUCCUGCUGCAGCUGCAGUUACAGCUCCUAUUAAACAACCCGUUAGACCACCGCAGCCGGUGAAUCCUAAGCCACAGAGCAUAGCUGAAACUACAGAUACAAAUGAUGCCCCUACUGAUGGAAAGAAUAUUGGGUCGCAAAUUUUCACUUUCCGAGAGCUGGCCUCAGCAACCAAGAAUUUCCGGCAGGAAUGUCUAGUGGGGGAAGGUGGAUUUGGAAGAGUUUAUAGAGGUCAACUCGAGCAAACUGGCCAGAUUGUAGCUGUGAAGCAACUUGACAGGAAUGGAUUGCAAGGAAACAAAGAGUUUCUUGUGGAGGUUUUGAUGUUGAGCCUCCUACACCAUGAAAAUCUGGUAAAUCUUAUAGGAUAUUGUGCUGAUGGAGAGCAAAGACUUCUGGUAUAUGAGUACAUGCAAUACGGAUCUUUGGAAGACCAUCUACUCGAUGUUCCACCAGAUCAAAAGCCUUUAGAUUGGUUCACCAGAAUGAAGGUAGCACUAGGUGCUGCCAAAGGUUUGGAAUAUCUUCAUGACAAGGCCAACCCCCCUGUCAUUUAUCGCGAUUUGAAGUCCUCCAACAUCUUGCUGGACAAAGAUUUCAAUGCAAAACUCUCUGAUUUCGGGCUAGCAAAGCUCGGAACUGGUGAUGACAAGAUCCAUGUAUCUUCAAGGGUAAUGGGAACAUAUGGUUAUUGUGCCCCAGAAUAUCAACGAACAGGUCAACUGACUCUAAAGUCUGAUAUAUACAGUUUUGGAGUUGUUUUACUAGAGUUGAUCACUGGAAGGAGAGUGAUUGAUCCCACAAAGCCAGCCAAGGAGCAAAAUCUAAUCAACUGGGCAGAACCAAUAUUUAAGGACCCAAGUUCAUUCCCACAACUUGCUGAUCCACAUCUUCAAGGAAACUAUCCGAGGAGAGGACUGAACCAAGCAGUUGGGAUUGCAGCGAUGUGUCUCCAGGAGGAACCAGCAGUCCGUCCCUUGAUCAGCGAUGUGGUUUCUGUUCUCAGUUUCCUUUCCGUGGCUCCAGAGACAGGCGUUCCUCUACCUCUGCCCACUCCCCCGACUGAUAACACGACGAGCACAAAUGAAAAUCAUCGGGAAGAUAUCAGAAGGGAACGUGAACGAGAAGUAGCGGAAGCCAUGGAGUGGGGAACAAAUUCAAGGAACCACAUGAGACCACAGGGCGGAAGUGAUUCUACAAUGUAAACUUUUUCUUGAGAGUAAUGCUAUAUAAUUUCCAUGAGAUCGUCUUAUUCUUUGUUCUCUCAUGGCUUCUCUCUUCUAAAAAUAUUUGAUUUCACUCACCGGCAAUGAUAGUAAUUAUGAGCUAUCUAAAUGAGGAUGAAGUUAUACAUGAGGAGAAUAUUGUGUGUCCCAGCUGCAUUCCACCUUUAUUUUUUCCAUACAUGGAAUGUGAACAAUUUUUUGAAACCAUGUGAAGUUAUGUGA